AUGAAGCUUCAUUUCUUCUUCACUUUCUCCCUUUCUAUCCUAUCGGCAACUUGUGACUAUGCAAAUUCUGGCGGAGGCGGAGGAGGUGAUGUGUCUCCACCUGCACCACCAGUGGAACCCGCUCCUGCUCCAGAAGCGCCACCAGCUGAUGCUGGAAGUUAUGCUGCUGCUGCACCAGCUCCACCUACUGGAGGAUCUUACCCAGCAAAAAGAAGAAGAUUAGCUCGAGCCUAUGCAGAGGGCGGAGAUACUCCAGCUGCUCCAGCGGUUCCAGAACCAGCUCCAGCACCAGAGGUUGCCCUGGAAGCCGUACCCGAAGCUCCACCAGCAGAUGCAGGAAGCUAUGCGGCUUCAGCGCCAGCUCCGCCACCUUCUUACCCAGCCAAAAGAAGACGUGUUGCACGCGCCUAUGCUGAAGGAGGAGAGGCUCCAGCAGCUCCUGAACCAGCUCCAGCACCAGAGGCCGCUCCUGAAGCCGCACCAGAAGCUCCACCAGCAGAUGCAGGAAGCUAUGCGGCUUCAGCGCCAGCUCCUCCACCAUCUUACCCUGCAAAGAGAAGACGUGUUGUCCGCGCCUAUGCUGAAGGAGGAGAGGCUCCAGCGGCACCAGCGGCUCCAGAGCCAGCUCCAGAAGCAGCGCCCGAAGCUCCACCAGCAGAUGCUGGAGGAUACGCUGCCUCAGCUCCAGCUUCAGGAGGAUCUUAUCCAGCACGAAAGAUGAUUGCUCGUGUUUCCCGUCUUGUCUAA